AUGUUUUGUAAUCAUGAAUUUUCUGGAUACGACUCGAUUGAGUUGUAUGUUCUGCUCCAACAACCAAACGAGAGACAGGUCGUUGAUCCCAUCGAAGUAGAACAAGCUGAGGUCGAUGUAAUUGAUGAAGACGAAGAAGAUCCAGAGUUAGCAUUUGAUGACAUGGUGAACGAUGAUUCUGAAGACGAUGUUGAAGGUGUAAUACCUCCAAUUUCAACAUACACACCGCCGUCUCACAUGUCGAACAUUGACAUGGCCGGUGAUGAACCCUCAUCAGACAUAUUCCACAACGUCUGCAUGCAGUCAGAUGCAACUUUAAAAGAGAAAGAUAGUUUUCGUUCGAAGGAUGAGUGCAUGCGAGCAAUAAAAAAGUUCCACAUGUUAAACUUUGUGGAUUUUAAAAUGGACCGAACAAAUGCAGAACGGUACAAAAUCAAAUGUACCAAUACUGAGUGUUUGUUCAAGCUCACUGCUUCAUACAGGUUGAGAAGUGAUUCAUGGGUGAUAGGCAAAAUUUCUCAACCUCACAUUUGCAUCAACUUUUCUCGCUCACAAGAUUAUCGUAAGUUAAGUUACGAUCUGAUAUGUCAAGAAAUCUUACCUCUCAUCAACAAUGAUCCAUCAUUGAAGGUGAGAACAAUAAUUUCUCACAUCAUUAAAGUAUGCAACUAUACGCCCUCGUACAGGAAAGCAUGGUUAGCAAAAACCAAGGCGAUUGAACAAGUAUACGGUAAUUGGGAGGAAUCAUACAAAGAGUUACCCCGCUACUUAAAUGCACUCUGCACUUAUGCGCCUGGUACUGUUUAUGAGAUGGAAACAUUGCCCGCAUAUGACCCAAAUGGUACUCUUGUCAGCGGAAAUGGAAUAUUUCAUCGUCUAUUCUGGGCCUUCCAACCUUGCAUCAGAGGGUUUGCGUUCUGCAAACCUAUUAUUCAAAUAGAUGGAACGUGGUUGUACGGAAAAUACAAAGGCACCCUACUGAUGGCAGUCGCACAAGACGGAAACAACAACGUCUUCCCAAUUGCAUUCUCUCUAGUCGAGGGAGAGACCGGUGGAGGUUGGAGUUUCUUUCUCAAAAAUCUCAGAACACACGUGGCUCCGCAAGCUGGUCUCUGUUUGAUCUCUGAUAGACAUGCUUCUAUUGUGAGUGCAUACAAUAACCCGGCUAAUGGGUAUGCAUUAACUCAACCAUCAUUCAAACAUUACCGUAGAGAGAUCAGACUGUCAAAUCCAGAUGCAGGUACUUGGAUUGAUAAUAUUCCAAUGGAGAAAUGGACUAGGUCACAUGACAAUGGACAUCGAUGGGGACACAUGACAACAAAUCUUGUUGAAUCAAUGAACGAUGUCUUCAAAGGCAUACGACACCUCCCUGGAACCGCUUUGGUAAAAUCAACAUAUUUUAGGAUGGCUUCAUUGUUUGCACAAAGAGGUGAAAGGUGGGACGCUGUGUUACGAGAUGGACAAUUGUGGAGUGAAUGUUGCACAAGAUUUAUCAAGGCAGAAGGCGCGAAGGCCAACACACAUAUGGUUACAAGGUUUGACCGACAUAACCAUAAUUUCAUGGCCAGAGAGACAAUCGACCACGGCGAAGGGCUACCAAGACAAGAGUAUAGGGUUCUACUAGAAGAACGUUGGUGUGAUUGCGGCAAGUUUCAGGCAUUUUGUAUGCCUUGCUCCCAUGUCAUUGCAGCAUGUGCCCAUUCUCACUUAGAUGCAUUAGCACUCCUGUCUCCCAUUUACAAGUCUGAGACCUUGCUCCACGUAUACAACAAUGACUUUGCAGUGGUAGCAAAAGAGGAUUAUUGGCCUGCGUACGAGGGGGAAAUUGUUUGGCACAACGACCAAAUGCGGAGAAAUAAAAAGGGUCGUCCCAAAAGCAAGCGUAUCACAACUGAAAUGGACGAUCUCGAUAAGCUAGAAAGAAAGUGUGGUUUAUGUCGCCAAGUCGGACACAAUAAAAAAAAUUGUCCUAAUCGUGCUAGUGGUUCUUAG